AUGAACAAAACUUAUAAAAAGAAAUAGUAAAAAAAGAGAAGAAGUCUUGAGGAUGAUAAUACUAUUAAACCGAUCACCCCAGAGGAUAUGAUAAGAUAAUUUAAUUUCAAUUACUCAAGUGUAUCAUACUAAGCAAUUAUGAAAGAGCUGGAUUACUUCUUCAAAAUUUAGAUAGAAUAAAAGGCAGGAAAUGAUACUCACGACUAUUUGAAAGUUCUGAAUGGAACUGAUUUUCAAGAACCUGAACAAAGGGCUAUGUAUUUUUACAAGUAAAAUAGACUGAAUAAUUAUUAAGUUGACUUUCCCAAUCCAAGAUAUUUCAAGAUUAUGAUGAAAGUUGAUCCUUGUAGGAAUAUGGGUACUACUGAUUUAUGUUGUGAUGGUUCGAAUGAAGCUGCUUGUGAGGAUAAUACAUCUAUUGUGUCAGGUACUGAUAUCGGUAUUGCUUGGCUAACAACAGGUUAUGUUUUGAUCUGCAGUGAUUUAUAUUAAGACACGAAAAAAUGCGGCACAUUUAUAGAAAUUCAUAAACCAAAUGAUGAAACUAUAGUGGAGGAACUUUAAAUUUUAACAUCAAUUGCUAGUGGUUUCUCAACUGAAUUUAUUUCGACAAAAAAUCUUUGCGCGGGAAGAUAUGAAUUUUGGUUUAUUCUAAGAACUAGAAAUGGAAGCAUUUUAUAGCAUGUAAAACCAUUUUAUUCAGAAUAUCCAGCUUGCGAAAUUGCUAGUUGA